AUGGCGGUUUUGGGUGCAAUUCUUGAGCAUGGAUUGCAACGAGUUUUACCUUUACUUCACUCAUCGUUUUUCACCGGCAACUCGGACGAUUCGCUCACCGAUGCGGCAACACUGAGGAUUUUGGCGGAGAAUAUUCGAUAUUAUGACGCCGUUCAACGAGUGUCGCUGAAACAAGCAGCCGAAUCGAUCGAGAGUUUCCUCCAAUUGAUCUCUUACUCAUCAGCUCUGGUAUCAAAACUGAGUCUUGACGUCGAUCGAUGGAUUGAAAUCCUCAAAGAAGUCCCGCCAAGUAUGACAAGGGAAAAGAUUGCAGCGCCGAUUGCAAAAUCAAAAGUUCGGAAGAGAAAGGAACAAAGACUAAAUCGUUUCCACCUGGUUGAGGAAGAGUCCGAGCAACGGGAGAAUCAAAUGCAAACAUCUUUGCCACCUUUUUAUCCAACCGAACUUAAAACGUAUAAUUUGGUGGAUGAUUCUUUCACCGACGACGAGAACUUCAUCGAAAUCAAUAUGGCUACAGUUUGGGAGCGGAAAAUUGUCAAUUUCUAUAUGAAAGCCUACAACACGACCAAAAUCGAGCGCUUCUCUAAAGCCGACAUUCUCGUUUUCGCGUUAACGAUUUUGACGGGAGCACAGGAAAUCCUCGGAUUCGCAGCUUUUAACCCAAAAUCUUGGAAAUUUCCGAAACUUUGUGCCGAAGACAAUGAAAAUCUCGAUUCUGAGCAACUGGGAAAUUUGACGAAAGUUUCGUGCAUUUUUGCGCACAUGAUCGCCCGAAUCACUCGAAUCCAGAAUGGGAGUUGGAUUCAGAAAAUGAUCAUUGAAAAUGUUAUCGAGAAGAUAGAACAGCUAACGGAAAUCUCUGGCCUCUUGAUCCAAGCGGCUUUCUAUGAUGAGGAGUUCGAACUCGCCGACUCGUCGCUCACAAAUCCGCUCGAUUAUUUACGCCUUCUGGAUGCAUUACUUUUGUGCUUCGACCAAGAGAUCCCAAUCUCGCUCGACUUGAUCAAAAAUCUCGUUGUAAACUGGUACAAACUCGAAGAAGAGCUUGAAAUCGGUGAAAAAGGUGCUGCGCAAAUUUUUGGCGAAAAUGUCUUGCUCAGCAUUUCAAAAACGCAAAAGCUGGCAAUAUCGGUGUCAGACUUGAAUUGC